AUGAUUCGUAUUUGUAUAUGUUUUUGUAUCAUUGUUUCAUCUAUUCUUACUAUAUCCCCUCCAGCAGUCAAACUUAUAAUCGACACGGAUGGCGUCUAUGAUGACAUUCGUGCUUUAUCAAUUGCUCUGACAAAUCCAAAAGUUGAGGUAAUUGCUAUCACCACUGUUCAUGGAGGAAUUUCCGCAAACCAAUCAGCUGCAAAUAUAGCUCGUCUACUGAGAGCACUCGGAAAAGAAGACGUUCCAAUUUUCAUAGGAUCCCAAGAUUCUCUUGUUCCUAAAGGUCUUAUCGAAGUAUGGGAAGAUUUGUUCGGCAGUGAUGGAAUUGGAGGGGUUCCUGCUGCAAAUCCCAAAGCACUUCCUUCUGACUUCACUGUGGCGAAUAAGAAAAAAUCAGCAAUUGAUGCUAUUAUUGAACUUACCAAUCUUACUAGUGAAAUUGUUCUGGUUGGAUUAGGUCCUUUGACCAAUAUUGCAUUGGCUCUUCGAAAAGAUCCAGAAGUUUCAAAACGGAUAAAGAAAGUUGUGCUGAUGGGUGGAAAUUAUUUAGGAGUGGGGAACACUUUGAUCAAUUCAACAGCCGAAUUCAAUUUUCUAAUGGAUCCCGAAGCAGCUCACAUUGUUCUUUCUUCGAUUCAUACAACAAUUGUUCCUUGGGAUACAUGCUUUCUCAAAGGUCCAGAGACUUUCUCGCAAAUGUUUUUUUUUUCUCAGUAUAACGAAGAAGUUGAUUAUGAAGAAUCGUUGAAUCAGAAAACUUUACUGUCCAAUUUCUUAAACAACAUCACCAUCAGAGGAAGAGAAUAUAAUAAGCUUAUUGGACAAAUCUAUGCGUUUAUGGAUGAUAUUGCAAUUGCAAUUGCCAUUGAUCCAACUGUAGCUACUAAGUGUCUAAAACUAUGUGCAUCUGUCGAAUUGGAAGCAAAAUCAUCUACAAGAGGACAGGUGGCUGUGGAUUGGUUGAGUACAAAAUAUGAUCCAGUUGAUCGUUCCUUCAAAUCAAUCGGUGAUAAAAAUGACGCCAACUGGAUAUCUCAUACAUUCGUUACGGAAUAUGAUGUGAAAAAAGUGAACAAGAUGCUGAUGGAAGCUGUAAAUGGCCCAGGAAAAACUAAAAAAUUCGAUGAGAAAAAUUCUUUAUUAUAA